ACCUAUGAAAACUUCAAACUUCAGUACCCUAUAUUUUCUAUAAAUGAUGCUUCAAAAGCCCCUAUAGGUCAUCAGUAUACAGUAUCUAAAAAUCAAUCAAUUCUGAUGCCCAUAUAUGUCAGGACAGUACAGAUAUCCCCCAAAUGACCCCUUUUUGGAAAGGCAUUCUGAGGUGUUUUGUAAGAGGCAUGGCAAGUUUUUUGAACUUUAAAUUUUUUGUCAUAA